GCGAUGGAGAACCAGACAGAGGUGAGCAAUUUCGUCCUUGUCGGCCUGACCAAUCUCCAGGGACUGCAGCACUUCCUCUUCCCUCUCUUCCUCCUGCUCUACAUGACCAGCCUGCUGGGUAAUGGGGCCAUCUUGGCUGUGGUGCUGGCUGAGCCCCGGCUCCACACCCCCAUGUACUUUUUCCUGGGUAAUCUCUCCUGCCUGGAUAUCUGCUACUCCACAGUCACCAUGCCCAAGAUGCUGUCUGGUUUCCUGUCAGAGCACCAGACCAUCUCCUUUGGCGGCUGCCUGUCCCAGCUCCACUUCUUCCACCUCCUGGGCAGCAGUGAGGCCAUACUACUGGCCGUCAUGGCCUAUGACCGCUACGUGGCCAUCUGCAACCCGCUGCGCUACAGGCUGGUCAUGAGCCCAAGGGCCUGCCUGCUCCUGGCAGCAGCCACCUGGUCCAUCGGUUUCCUGCAUGCCCUGAUGACCACCGUCUUGGCAUCCAGGCUGCCCUUCUGUGGCCACAACCAUGUCCCCCACUUCUUCUGUGACAUCAAGCCCCUGCUGAACCUGGCCUGCGGUAGCACCCGCCUCAACCUGAUCCUUGUCAAUGUCGAUGCUGCAGUACUCGGUCUGAGUUCCUUCAUCCUCACACUCCUCUCCUAUAUCUACAUCAUUUCCUUUCUCCUCCUGAAGGUCCAGUCUCGAGAAGGCAGGAGAAAGGCCUUCUCGACCUGCGCCUCCCACCUCACCGUGGUGUCUCUUUUCUAUAUACCAGUUCUUGGCAACUACAUAGCUGCCGCCCCUGGGGUCUCCUCUGAAAGAGACAUGAUACCCACCCUCAUGUACAGCAUCGCCACCCCAGUCCUGAACCCCCUGAUAUACACCCUGAGAAAUGAGGAGGUGAAAUCUUCCCUGAAGAAAUUCCUGAACAGAAAGCCUUGUCCCUGGAAGAACAUGCAUUACAUGAAUCCAAAAUGCCCACAAUUAUGUUUAAGGCAUUUCGGUCUUUGUAGAUCCACAGAUUUUUGA